CCAUCUAUAAAUAUUAGAUGGUAGAGCAAUCAAAAAUAUGUUUUUUAAAGAUCAAGUUAAGGAAAAUGGGAACCGUUUAUGAAGAACCAUCUCUUCUCCAAGACUUCAAGGUCACCAUCCACCAGUCCUCUUUGGUUACACCCUCCCAAAAGAGUGAGAGAAACUCCAUGUUCUUCUUGUCAAACAUAGACCAGGUUCUCAAUUUUGAUGUCCAGACAGUCCAUUUUUUCCCUGCCCACAAAGAUUUUCCUCCUCAAACUGUGGCAGAGAAACUCAGAGAAACACUUGGGGAGAUGUUGGUUGAUCCUUAUAAUUUCCUGGCAGGAAGAUUGAAGUUGAAUGCAAAAACAGGGCGUUUGGAGAUUGAUUGUAAUGAUUCCGGGGUUGGAUUUGUUGUGGCUUCGAGUGAGUUUACAUUGGAUGAGAUUGGAGAUUUGGUUUAUCCUAAUCCAGGUUUUGCUCAACUAGUUACCAUCACUUUGGAUACACUAAAACCUGAGGAACAGCCUCUAGGCAUUUUUCAGGUCACAUCUUUCAAAUGUGGUGGGUUUGCAAUAGGGAUAUCAACCAAUCAUGCAACAUUUGAUGGACUCAGCUUCAAACUCUUCUUACAAAACCUUGCUGCUGCCUUAGUUUCUUCUAACAACAAAUCCAACAGUAUUCUCAGUCUCACCAGUACUCCUUGCAAUGAUCGGCAGCUCCUAGCCGCUCGAUCUCCUCCACGAGUCACUUUCCCCCACCCGGAGCUUCUCAAGCUCACCACCAAAACCAACACUCCCCAAGACUCCUCCUCUAACUCCGACGGCAGCAGCGGCGUCUUCGAAGCCACCCAAGAAGACCUCCACAUCAAGCUCUUCCGAUUAAACUCCGCCGCCAUCUCCCACCUCAAAGACAAGGCCAAACCUCGACCCGCCGGCACCAACAACGUCGAAGCCAAGCGUAUUGUCACCAGCUUCAACGUCGUCACCGCCCUCAUUUGGCAAUGCAAGGCAUUAUCAUCAACCACGGAGAACAACGCCGACCGCGAAUCCACCAUGCUUUACGCUGUCGAUAUAAGGCCGAGGCUGAACCCUCCUCUUCCGGCGUCCUACUCCGGGAACGCGGUGCUGUCAGCCUAUGCCAGGGCGACGUGCAGGGAACUGGAAGAAGGGCCGUUCUCGAGGACGGUGGAGAUGGUGUGGGAGGGAGCGAGAAGGAUGACGGACGAGUACGCGAGGUCGGUGAUCGAUUGGGGAGAGCUGUACAAAGGGUUUCCACAUGGGGAGGUGAUGGUGUCUUCGUGGUGGAAAUUAGGGUUUGAGAAGGUGGAGUAUCCAUGGGGGAAACCAAGGUAUAGCUGCCCUGUGGUUUAUCAUAGGAAGGAUAUCAUUUUACUGCUUCCUGAUAUUGAUGAAGAUGGUGGUGGAGUUAAUGUUUUGGUAGCUUUACCUCCUAAAGAGAUGGAAAAGUUCCAAACCAUAUUUCAUAACUUACUGGCUUGAAUAUAUAUAUAUAUAUAUAUAAAUAUAUAUACAUAUUAUUUUAUAACGGGAUGUCUGCAACUGAUAAUUAUUCUAUAUAAAUAUAUAAAGCAUGUAUGAGUGAGAAUUUGAUAUGCAUAAUGAUGCAUAUAGGGGUAAACGAGUGUGGUAGUUCCGUUGGUUUGAGCACCACUAUCCAUGUCUACAGGGCAUCAUUCGGAUCUCCCGAGUGGGGUAUAGGGGAAAGCCAAAAAAACAAAAAAAAUAAAAAAUAAAAAAAUGAUGCAUAUAGGCAUAUGAGAAAUGAGCCUUGGGUACCAGUUGUAUAUUUUGGAUUUGAUGUGAAAGGCAUAAUUAAUGCCAUACCAUGUGGUUCAAUUUCCCCUCCUCACUUAUAUAUAGCAUAUGUUAAAUUAUUUAUUAAUCAAUAAUUUUGAUUUAUUCACAUAGAA